AUGUCAUCCGACGGGAAGUUCAUGGUGCCGGCAUGCACGAGAUGCUCGAUACGCAAGAUGAAAUGCUCCCGCAGUGCUCCAGCCUGCUCAGCAUGCACCAAAGCCGGCUCGGAAUGCUUGAUUGAAGAUCGAUCCCGUAAACGAUCUUAUUCUCGUCAAUACGUACAGAGCUUGAUCGACGAGAUACAGGCACUCGAGGCUACCGAAUGUUCUCACGACAGCCUCAACGGGGACGGCGCUCCGUCCGAGUCGAAUGGACAGACUGAAGGGUUGACCGACGGAGCAACGGAGCAGGUCACUCCACGCUCGUCGGUCCGUAAUCAACGCUUUGUUGGAAACAGCACUACCGUCAGUUUCCUGCGGUAUGUGUUCGAGAGCGGCUACUGGAAACCUGCCGAAAAAGAUCAGUCUUAUCUGCUUGGCCAAAACCACGCACUUUCCAAGCAGCCUGGACAUGCGUAUGACUGGCCGCCCUUUGAAGUUGGACAGUUGCUCGUGGAUUCAUAUCUGAGUACAAGUCAUGUCCUGCAUCCUUUUCUCCAGGAGGAUGAUCUUCGAGCCACCUUUCAGAGAGUGUACAGGUCAGGUGGUGCAACAGCUUCGGCAGCCGAUGCCUUUCUGCUCCUAAUGGUCUUCGCCGUGGGUUCUGUGCGGACUUUUCGGGAUGGUCUCACCGAGCAUCAUCCGUAUGGAUACUUCAUCGCCGCACAAAAGCACCUGAAGCAUGUUCCUCUGCUCGGGGAUCUGAAAGCUGUGCAGAAUCUGCUGCUCAUUGCACGGUUUGGCAUAUAUUACGACAUUGGUACGUCUCUGUGGGCGCUUUCCCAUACAUGUAUGCGACAGUGUAUCGACCUUGGGCUUCAUCAUCCGCCGAAUCACCAUGAGCCCUUAGAAGACCAGCAGCUGAAGCGCUAUGUGUUCUGGGACUGCUACUUGAACGAGCGAUUCUGUAGCGGGUUUCUUGGCCGCCCUUCUGCACUGCCGGAUGAAGACAUCCGGAUUUUGCUUCCCUGGGAAGCCUCAAAUGAGGAGCUGCGCUCACACGACAGCGUCACUGACUUUGCGACGCAUUCAGUCCGCCAACAGAUCAUGGCCUGCUGCGGACACGUUGGGCUUGCGCAUUGGCAGGGACUGUCUUUCCACAUUGCCAGGACACAUAGUACACAAGGCACAAGCACGUCUUGCAGAACUCGACCGCACCGCUGGCUUAAGCAAGCGCCGAGAUUCGCCAGCCCGACCAGCAUGUACCAUUCCCCAGAGUGGUACGCUUUCAUGGUGGAGAAGGAGAAGCUUUCUGUCCUCAGAGCCAGUCUGACUCGUCUCGCGCAAUUUCACGCACCGCCGCCAACCCACAUCCUCAAGCUUUGCAGCCUUUCCGCCCUGAAAGUCACUGAGCUUUUCGGAAUCCUGUUCGACAGCUGGCGUAUCCUUCCCACCAGAAUCUACUUCGAGGCAAUCUUUGUGGCUGGUCUUUCCCUUGUAUUCUGCAAUUCUCUCGAGUCUGCAUUAGAGCUUCGUGCGGAGAGCUUCGUGCAACCGAGACGUGAGGUAUCCUCAGCACUCUCCCUGUGUUCCAGGAACCUUUUGCUCUUGUCCAAAGAAUUGCCGGAUUCCCAAAAUUACUACCUCAUUUUCGAGACCCUUCGCAGAAAGUUCGAUCGACAGGUGUUAGUGCAGCACAGCCCAGGAAAAUCUUCACCGACAAAGAGCAGCGGCGUCGCUCAAUUGGCUAACGAACCCAUGCAUUCCAGAUCGCAGAAUCCCAUCGUAGUUUCUGAGAGUACUGCUGGUCCGGCUGGCCCAGAAAGCUUCAUGGUCGGGCUUAGCGACUUGGAAAUGCCGGAUAAUCUUCUGGACCUCGAUACCAGCUUUUCCAAUCCUAUCGAUUGGAAUCUUUCUUUCUCAGAGGAACAAAUGAGCCAGAUCGUCGCUGAGAUUGAGGACUAUCUCUGGGAUCAACCAUCUUGA